AUUAAUUAACAGAUAAAUUUAAAAUUUGACAAUUCUAUAAGCCAUUUGUUAAACCUACAAUGAGAGUAAUAAUUCUUUGUCAUUAAAAUUAGUGUCAGUUCAUAUGCCUCAAGAAAUGUCAGAAGUGAAACUGGAAACAAGUUUUCUCCUAAGAAUACAAGAGGUGGCGCUACCUACAAAUCGUUGAAAACACGUCACCAAUCUAUUGCUCGUAUAGACACGCACGGGCUCUUUAAUUUCAAUUAAAUCGACAAGCAAAAUGUCAAGGAACUAAACGACCGACGAAUUCAAUAACCUGACUGAACCUGACAUAUCUCCCAAGCGCUAUUGAUGUCUUUGAGAAACGAGCGCGUCGUCUGAGAAAUAUGGAGGCUGUCCUAACCUGAUUUGUCUCUUCAUCUUUUUGCCAGUGUCUUACACGUUUGCUUGCUCGUUGGCUUGCUGUUCUCUGAGAAGAAUUAACGUAAAAUGGCCAUGAUAUCAAAUGGAGUACAGUGCAGUGCAGGAGAAGCUGAGAGCAGCAAGCUAUCGAGCAGUUCAUUAACAUUGAACUCACCGUUGAUGAAGCUGUCUUCAUAUUUUCUGGCAGUGCGACCAUGGUCUUUGAGUGCAUCACUAAUGCCAACACUUCUGGGUUCAGCAUUGGCAUACAGAUUAAUUGGCUUGACCAGCUUUAGCUGGAUCUCCUUUGUGUUGACAUUAUACACAGUGUUGUGCGUCCAUGGCGCGGGUAAUGUAGUAAAUACAUACUUUGAUUAUGUCAAAGGUGUAGACAGUCGCAAGAGUGAUGACAGGAUCCUUGUGGAUCAACUACUUUCAAAAGAUGAGCUAGUUUCGUUGGGUGCACUACUCUAUGCUGCUGGAUGUUUUGGCUUCAUUGUACUGGCUGCUAUUUCGCCAGCAAAAAUGGAGCACUUGGCCUUGGUUUACUUUGGAGGACUCUCAUCUUCAUUUUUAUACACUGGAGGAAUUGGACUGAAGUAUAUUGCCUUGGGUGAUGUACUGAUCCUAGUGAUAUUUGGGCCCAUUUCUGUGUUAUUCGCUUUUAUGGCACAGACUGGCUAUGUCCUUUGGGGCACUAUGUACUACGCUAUACCCCUGGCAUUAAACACUGAAGCCAUUCUCCAUAGCAACAAUACCAGAGACUUAGAGAGCGAUAAACGUGCUGGGAUUGUGACUCUAGCUAUUCUUAUAGGGCACACCGCGUCUCACGUUCUUUAUGCUUUUCUUCUCUUCACACCAUACAUUACGUUUGUCGUACUCGCUCUCAGGUAUUCCGUAUGGUUUCUCUUACCUCUAGUUACGCUGCCUGCUGCCUUCAGGAUAGAAAAGCUCUUCCGCAGCCCAAAGAAGAUACAAAGCGUGCCCAAGCAAACUGCAAGACUUAAUAUGUUUCUCGGGAUGUUAUACGUCAUCGUGUGCUUACUAGCUGACCCCCUUCCUUACUUGUAAUCAAAAUGAAAUUCAAAAAGAAACCAGAGAUUUUCCUAAAACUCGGCAGCUACGCUUGGAUCAUUUAUUUGCCCGUUCAAUUAUUGUCGAGAAUUCUAUGCAUAUAAAUUUCAAUACAAUUGAAUACAAUACCAUUCGGUUUCGUCCUGACAAACAUUCUCGAGAUGUUGAUAUAUUGAAAUGAAGAUUAAGAAAAGCGAAAGAAUCUUGAGAGGCUAGAGCUUAAAAGAACAAGCAGAAAUCAUCUUUUUUUUUUGUAAAUGUUAUAAUAGCUUCGAGUACUUUUUACAGUCCUAUCAUAUAGUAGCGCAAACAUUCACAUAUGAACACGACUAUGUAGGCAAUGCGCCAUUAACGCGGACAAAAGGUAUCUUUUAUCGAUCAAAGACGGAAGCAGUAGCGUAAAGUAUUUUUUAUUUGUUACUCUACUUAUAGAUUCUCGUCAACGUACUUUAAGCCUAUCCGAGAAUAACAUAUCGUUCAUAUCAUCGAAAUAGCCAAAGCUACAUUCUUUUUUUUCUUAUUUCUUAAAUUUUCAUCCACGAUCCAUUACGUCAAAAAUUCCUGCGAGGCUCAAUUUAACAGUUCACGUCUGUGUAUCCAUUUCGAAUGGCAUGCGACUCUUUAAUUUUUUUCUCUCGUCUAAUCUCUCAGCCAGGCUUUGCAAAUCUUCAGAAAUAAUUAGAUUCAUCGCAUUAGCUACGUCGCCGAAGCACAGGAUAACGAAUUGCGAGACUUUUACACGUAUUCAAUAUUCUUUGUACUCUUUAAAGUACGCGAACAGACAACAGUGCAAAAAAAAUGGCGCCAAUCGUUCAUACGAUAAUUACAUUUACGUAACAUUAAUUAAAUUUGUAUCUCGUACUUAAACGUAAUUGGACAAUAAUGUCGGUGUCGCGUAUCUCUAAAGUAACGCCUCAACUAGUCUUGGUUUGUGUUUUUUUUACGACGGCAGUCAGAAACGCCACUACUGGAUUUUUCUAUACGUUUACGAGAACCGAGACCUUUGCGUUAACAUAUUACAUACUAAUUGUAAGAGGCGCAAAAGUGAAUUUGCACUUGUCCCUAAGAGCUUUGUCUUUGUACAAUACGUCUAUAUUAUUAUUAUUACUGUUACUAUUAUUAUUCAUAUUUAUGUAAGCCCAUCCCCUAUUCCUCUCCGAUAUUCAUCCUAUCUCCUAUCUAUCCAUCAGUAGGAAUUCUAUGUUAAACUGUAAUUUUAGUUUACCUAUAUUUCUUGAUAUUGUACUGUAAAUAACACAAAUUGUUUUCUUGAUUUAUACGUUUAAGAGCAAGACUAGGGCCCGCGCCUGUCUACAUUAACCAUCGUAUCGUAACAGGUCUCAAGUAUAUUAUAAUGUUAUUGGUAUAUUUGUUAUAUCAACGUGUCUGUUCUGAGUUAAUAAUAUUAAUUUAUUAAUA